AUGGCGGACGAAGCAUUAAUGAAAGCUGGCUUACAUAUCGAUGCUUACAAUAAAAUACGUCUUCUACAGCCUGAUGUUGCGGAUGCUUCCAAUGAAAUUGUUGAAGAAGCAAGAGAAAUUGUGAAUAAAUUGAACACUUUCAGCAAUGCUGCAGAAGCAAUUAUCAAAAUAUUUGAUGGAUUAGCGACAACCGUGAAGGGUGAGAAAAUCCGUGCGAUGUCAUCCAGAAAUGCCUUGAAAACUGCUGACAAACAACAUGUCGCCGAUGAGCAACAGCUGCAGAUUCUGAUCCGAGAACGUGAAGCGGAGCUGGAAAGGCUGCGUGUCGAAUUAGAAAGUACUCAGCGACAAGAAUAUGCUCUAAAGGAAUAUUUGCAGAAAUUUUUAUCACCAUAA